AUGGGCUCCUUGGCAGUCGUCGACGAACUUGUUCCCGCUAAGAACUCGCUCUUCUACCAGAGCGUGUGCCCUUCCUCAGCUCCCACGGUUGAGUCGGCCGAUGGACUGUACUUCACUUUGAAGAAUGGCCAAAAGAUUCUCGACUCUACCGGCUACUUUCAGAAUGAUCCUUCUCAUGAACUUGCCGAUAUUCUGGUUAAAUCGACGAACGGCCAGUUGUCGAGAGCAUGCCUUCUGGGCUCUGGCUCUGAGGCCGUCGAGGGCGCCAUGAAGCUUGCUCGGCAAUACUUCCUCGAGAAAGACCUCAAGGCCUCUCGCACAAGGUUUAUCGCUAGAGAAAGUUCCUGGCACGGAUGUACUCUGGGAACUUUGGCCGUUAGCAACUUGAAGGCCCGUAAACAGCCUUUCAUGGACGUCCUGGCCGACAAUGUUUCCCAUGUGUCUCCUUGUCACCCCUAUAGAGAGCUUGAACGGGGCGAAUCGGUUGAGGAGUACGUGGAACGACUUUCUUUCGAGCUGGAAGGGGAAUUCCAGAGAUUAGGUCCGGAAAAUGUGUGCGCCUUCAUCCUCGAGCCCAUGGUUGGCACCGCCCUCGGCUGUGUAAUGGCCUUGCCUGGAUAUCUGCAGGCCAUGAAGGAUGUCUGCCACCGACACGGUGCUCUCAUCAUCUUCGACGAGGUCAUGUGUGGUCUCGGAAGAACCGGCUACAUGCACGCCUGGCAACAUGACAACGUAGUCCCUGACAUUCAAGCCGUUGGAAAGGGCCUCGCAGCCGGAUACGGCACAGUAUCCGCCAUCCUCAUUCACGAGCGCGUAGUUGAGGGCCUCAAGCAGGGCAGCGCCUCCUUUCAGCAUGGACAAACGUACCAGUGCCAUCCACUCAACGUUAUCGCUGCCGUCGAAGUGCAGCGGAUCAUCAAGGAGAAGCACCUUGUCCGCAACGCGCGUCUCAUGGGUAUCGUUUUCGGACACCUUCUCCGCCAGGCCUUCAAGGACCACCCGCACGUCGGCGAUGUGCGUGGCCGCGGCAUGUUCUGGUGCAUCGAAUUCGUGGCAGACAAGACCACCAAGGCACCUCUUGGCCCUUCGUUGAACCUUGCUCGUCGAAUGCGUCUUCGUGGACUCGAGAAGGGAUACGACGUGUGCCUCUUUUCCUCGACGGGAUGCGCCGACGGCUGGAACGGAGAUCAUUUCCUUCCUGCUCCGCCCUUCAUUGUCACUCCUACGGAUGUAGAGGAGAUCGUGUCUCGCGCCAAGCGUGUCGUGGAUAGCGUAUUUGACGAGGUGAGAGCGAAAGGUCGGAUCUGAGGAUGGAAGACGAUGGAACUUUUCUGUAGUUUCAUUGGUAUCUAUCUAGGUGGUUUCGGGUCUCUCUCCAUACCUUCUCCAAGUUAUGCCUUCACUUCAUAUCAAGACAGUCAGUCAAGUCUUCUCACAUUAAACACGGUCCCUAUGCAAAACGAUACAUAGAUUAGAGUAGAACAAAAUACUUGAUUUAUCUCUUAACGCUUUGUUACUUCUGCACGGCCAGGAUGCUACGGAUCGGCCCUCGUUCGACCUCAUUGAGGCUAGCUAGUGUCUGUUGAAGGAGGUGACCCCCAAGCUAGGGCUGGGGUCAGUAGGGCUGAC